AUGACUGGAUGGAUGGCUGGCUGGGUGGAUGGCUGGCUGGAUGACUGGCUGGAUGACUGGAUGGAUGGCUGGAUGGAUGGCUGGGUGGAUGGCUGGAUGGAUGGCUGGGUGGAUGGCUGGGUGGAUGGCUGGGUGGAUGACUGGAUGGAUGGCUGGAUGGAUGACUGGGUGGAUGGCUGGGUGGAUGGCUGGGUGGAUGGCUGGAUGGAUGGCUGGGUGGAUGGCUGGCUGGAUGACUGGGUGGAUGGCUGGGUGGAUGACUGGAUGGAUGACUGGCUGGAUGGCUGGGUGGAUGACUGGGUGGAUGGCUGGGUGGAUGGCUGGGUGGAUGACUGGAUGGAUGGCUGGGUGGAUGACUGGAUGGAUGGCUGGAUGGAUGACUGGGUGGAUGGAUGGCUGGAUGGAUGGCUGGGUGGAUGGAGACAUGUGGCAACGUCGGGAACCACCUUGCCACGUCUACGCUUCUCGGUAUUAUGA